GAAAAACGGGAGGUCAUUAGUCACCUCGUCUGACGACUCCUCGUCUUCAAUUCAAACAAAAUGAACACGAUAAUUGCUAUCGCACUUUUGACUGUGUCUGCAACUGCACAAUUUGAACAAGCAUAUCCACAAUUAUUCGUUGUGAAUGUCCAACCUUCUCAGUUGAUAUCAAGAACGGAAGUGAGGGACGAUGCCGGCCAAUUUGCUCUCAGUUACCGCACAGCAGACGGAACUGUCGUUAAUGAACAAGGCUUGCUGAAGUCAGUUGGAGCCGGUAACCAAGUUUUGGUGAAACAAGGGUCUUUUGCAUUUCUCACUCCAGAAGGCAUUCCAGUUCAGCUCAAAUAUAUCGCUGAUGAAAAUGGAUUUCAGCUGGUUUAAAACCACCUGUCUAGAGAUUCAGCUAUAUUGAGAUAUAUAAAAAUAAAUAUCAUU